AGUCACGGUCACAUUCACAUUCCCACUCCCACUCCCACUCCCACUCCCACUCACACUCUCCCAGUUGCAGAUUGCAGAACCCUAACCUAAAACCCUAAUUUCCCAUUGAUCAUCGAACGCAAUGGGUCACGUUGGUUCCAGCACGGACGGAACCAUGGCUGGAACAAACCCUGGAACAAACGGCAUGGACAUCGACGACGACGAGCUCGACCUCGAACCCACCAAUGCUGAAAUUCUCGAAGAGUUGGGAGAAGAUAUGGUUAGGUAUUUCUGCAAGAAGGCUUCGAUGUUGUUCUUUGAUCAAUACGGUUUGAUCAGUCACCAGAUCAAUUCCUACAACUAUUUCAUCUCCACUGGCCUUCAGAGUUCCUUCGAUUCCUUCGGGGACCUCAUUGUUACGCCUGGAUUCGAUCCUUCCAAAAAAGGAGACAACGAACACUACCGUUACGCUUCUGUUAAGUUCGGGAAGGUAACCCUCGAUAAGCCUAAGUUCUGGGGCGGUGAAGGGAAUGCUCAAGAGUUUAAGAUGCUUCCUAGGCACGCUCGCCUUCAGAGGAUGACUUAUUCUUCCAAAAUGAAAAUCAAUGUUCAAGUUCAGGUGUAUGUUCCAAAGAAGGUUCGGAGUGAUAAAUUUAAGACGGGUAAAGAGGAAUAUCUUGAUAGAGAGGUUCUCAAGGAGGAUAAUAGGGAAAUCAUUAUUGGGAGGUUGCCUGUUAUGGUCAAGUCUGAUCUAUGUUGGAUGAAAGGGGCUGAAAAGGAUGAUUGUGAAUUUGACCAUGGAGGUUACUUUUUGAUCAAGGGUGCUGAGAAGACUUUUAUUGCACAGGAACAACUCUAUUUAAAGAGGCUAUGGGUUUUAAGUACUCCAUAUUGGAUGAUUGCGUGCAAGUCACAGAUGAAGAGAAAUAGGAUGGUCAUUAAGCUGGUAGGGAAUUCCAGGAUUGAAGAAGUUAAGCACGGAGACAAAAUACUUACUGUAUAUUUUUUGUCUGUUGAGGUUCCUGUAUGGAUACUCUUUUUUGCUCUUGGUUUGUCGUCUGACAAAGAGGUUAUAGAUCUAAUUGAUUGUGGCAAUGAUGAUGCCAGAAUUCAGAAUAUUCUCUCUGCAUCCGUUCGUGACGCUGAUGAGAAAUUUGAAGCCUUUCGGAAAGGGAGGAACGCACUUAAUUAUUUAGAGGAACAUGUUAAAGGUGUCCAAUUUCCACCUUCAGAGUCUAUUGACGAGUGCCUUAGCACAUAUGUCUUUCCUGGCAUUAGAGGCUUGAAUAGAAAGGCACGCUUCCUUGCGUAUAUGGUGAAGGGUCUCUUACUGGCUUAUACUGGCCGCAGAAAAUGUGAUAACAGGGAUGAUUUUCGAAAUAAGAGGCUUGAAUUGGCUAGUGAGCUGCUUGAGCGCGAGCUAAAAGUGCACAUUGCACAUGCUAGGAAGCGAAUGGCAAAGGCUUUGCAGAGAGACCUUUAUGGAGAUCGUGAUGUACGCCCUAUUGAGCACUAUCUCGAUGCUUCAAUAAUUACAAAUGGUUUGCAAAGAGCAUUUUCGACUGGAGCAUGGUCACAUCCAUAUAAGAGGUUGGAAAGGAUCUCGGGUGUGGUUGCAAAUGUUGGGCGCACUAAUCCCUUACAAACCAUGGCCGAGCUAAGAAGAACAAGACAGCAGGUUCAGUAUACGGGAAAAGUUGGGGAUGCUAGAUACCCGCAUCCUUCCCACUGGGGCAAGGUUUGUUUUCUCUCUACCCCGGAUGGUGAAAAUUGUGGACUAGUAAAAAAUUUGGCUGUCACAGGACUAGUAAGCACUGAUAUAUCUGAAUCUAUAAUGCCUCAAUUGUUUGAUUGUGGAAUGGAAGAGCUUGUAGAUGAUACUUCCACUUAUCUUGGCAACAAGGACAAAGUCUUCCUAAAUGGGGAUUGGGUUGGGGUUUGUCCUGAUUCCAGUUCAUUCGUGGCAGAGCUACGAAGUAAAAGAAGAAGAAACGAAUUGCCUCAUCAGGUGGAAAUCAAGAGAGAUCAAUCUCAACAUGAAGUGCGCAUAUUCUCUGAUGCAGGAAGGAUUCUACGUCCACUUUUGGUAGUUUGUAAUCUACUCAAAAUUAAAGGGUUUAAAUCAGAGCGUUACUCUUUCGAGGCCCUAUUGGAUAAUGGUGCGAUUGAGCUGAUUGGACCUGAAGAAGAGGAAGACUGCUGUACGGCCUGGGGUGUCCAGUAUUUAUUUGGAAAAGAGGGAAAACGUUCUGUAAAGUACACACACUGCGAGCUUGAUAUGUCAUUCUUAUUGGGUUUAAGCUGUUCACUUGUACCAUUUGCUAAUCAUGACCAUGCUAGGAGAGUACUCUACCAGUCUCAGAAGCACUCUUCACAGGCUAUUGGCUUUUCUACAACAAACCCAGACAUUAGAGUUGAUACUCUGUCUCACCAGUUACACUAUCCCCAAAAGCCCCUUUUUCAUUCGAUGACUUCUGAUUGUCUAGGACAACCCGGAUAUCCACUGGGUAAAAAAGAUAAUAUACUUCCAAAGGCAGAAUUCUAUAAUGGGCAGAACGCAAUUGUGGCAGUCAAUGUACAUCUGGGAUACAAUCAAGAGGAUUCCCUGGUAAUGAACCGUGCUUCUUUGCAGCGUGGAAUGUUCAGAUCUGAGCACAUAAGGAGUUACAAAGCCGAAAUUGAAAAUAAGGAAUCUUCGGAGAAGAAGCGAAAACCUGAAGACAUUGUAAAUUUUGGAAAGGUACAAAGUAAAAUUGGUCGAGUUGAUAGCCUUGAUGAUGAUGGCUUUCCAUAUGUUGGGGCAAACUUGCAAAGUGGUGAUAUUAUUAUUGGGCGUGGUGCUGAUUCUGGAGCAGACCAUAGUGUAAAGUUAAAACACACUGAAAAGGGUUAUGUUCAAAAGGUUGUGCUGUCUUCAAAUGAUGAGGGAAAAAAUUUUGCUGUGGUUUCAUUAAGACAGGUGCGAAGUCCAGUUCUUGGGGACAAGUUCUCCAGUAUGCACGGACAAAAGGGUGUUUUGGGAUUUCUGGAGUCUCAGGAAAAUUUUCCUUUCACAAGACAAGGAAUUGUUCCGGAUAUUGUCAUUAAUCCACAUGCAUUUCCCUCACGACAAACACCUGGGCAACUUCUAGAGGCAGCUUUAGGAAAGGGGAUUGCUUGUGGUGGUUCACUGAGACAUGCUACUCCUUUCUCCACUCCUUCUAUUGACGCCAUUACUGACCAACUUCACAGAGCUGGGUUUUCAAGAUGGGGAAAUGAGAGGGUAUACAAUGGGAGGACUGGUGAGAUGGUCCGAUCACUCAUUUUUAUGGGGCCAACGUUUUACCAACGUCUACAUCAUAUGUCUGAAGACAAAGUGAAAUUCAGGAACACUGGUCCAGUGCACCCGUUGACCCGACAGCCUGUAGCUGAUAGAAAACGAUUUGGAGGUAUCAAAUUCGGAGAAAUGGAGCGUGAUUGCUUGAUAGCCCAUGGUGCAUCAGCCAACUUGUAUGAACGCCUCUUUACACUUAGUGAUUCCUCUCAGAUUCACAUCUGCAGCAAAUGCAAAAAUGCUGCAAAUGUGAUCUUACGGCCUGUGUCAGGUGGCCGGAAAAUACGAGGGCCUUAUUGCCGCCACUGUGAAUCUGCUGAUGACAUUGUGGUGGCCAAUGUCCCGUACGGAGCAAAAUUAUUAUGCCAGGAGCUUUUUAGCAUGGGUAUAAAUCUUAAAUUUGAAACCCAACUUUGUUAGAGAACCACUUUGUAACUAGUCUGUUCUCCUGUUCAUUCCCCUAAGCUUUGUGAACACAGUGUAGAUAUCGGUUCGAUUCGUGUAUGUUUCCUCGAAUCCCAGUUAGGAAUAAUGCAUGAUAUCCUGAAUUUGACUUCAAUGUUGUUACUUCUCUUUUUUCCCUUUUAAUUUUUUAAAUAGGAAUUUCCAUUAUCUUCAAAAGCUCCUGUCCCAAAGAUCAAAAUAUUCACGAAUGGAUUAGAGCUCAUACUGAAUCGCGGUGACCUC